AUGCCUGAGUUGAUAUAUGAGCUCCACACAACUCGGACGCCCCAGUUCCUCGGAAUGUUAAGCAAAAAUGAAGCUGUCUUCCCGGCAUCAGAGAAACUCAGCAAGGUGGUUAUUGGAGUGGUAGACAGCAGCGCAUGGCCGAGAUCAAAAGCUACGAUGACAAAAGACUUGGGCCAGUGCCAAGAAGCUGGAGAGGGCAGUGUGAGGAAGGAAAGAACUUCAACUCCUCAAGCUGCAACUGAAAACUCAUUGGUGCGAGUAGACUCAAGAUUACCAAGAGAUGUUAAUGGCCAUGGAACUCAAGCCUCAACCAUUGCAGCCGGGUCUGCAGUUCCAGGAGGUAGCCUCUAUGGUUAUGGUUCAGGGACAGCAAGGGGAAUGGCUACACAAGCUAGAGUGGCCACAUAUAAGUAUGAGGGUUUCUACACGGACAUUAUUGCUAUUGGAGCUUUCUCUGCCAUGGCCAAAAGCUCUUAUGUUAACUUGGGAAAUGGGAAAAAAAAUACAGAGGAGCAUCCAUUUACAGCGGAACACCCUUAUCUAGUGGAUUGCAUCCGCUUGUUUAUGCUCGAAAUGCAAGGAGGAACUUACAGCAGGGCUGAUAAGAGUAUGGUGGUCAAAAAGGCCGGUGGCAUGGGGAUGAUUUUGGCUGACAUUGAAGGUUAUGGAGAAGAACUUGUUGUCGACUCAUAUGUAGUAGUGGUUGGCCAAAACGCAGAGUUGGGUGUCGAACCCUCACCGGUGGUGGCAACAUUCAGCUCUCGAGGACCAAAUCCAGUCGCUGGAACAGUACUCAAACCAGACCUAAUAGCACCAGGAGUGAAUAUCCUAGCUGGGUGGACUGGUGCACUUGGACCAGCUAGACGAGCUGAGGACACCAGGAGGGUGAGCUUCAACAUAUUUUCAGGUACAUCCAUGUCAUGCCAGCAUGUGAGUGGACUGGCAGCACUUCUCAAGGCGGCUCACCCAAAAUGGAGCCCUGCAGCCAUUACGUCUGCUCUCAUGACCACAUCCUAUGCAGCAUACAAAAAUGGUGCACCAAUCAAAGAUGUUGCUACUGGAAAACCUGCAACACCAUUUGAUUAUGGUGCCGGGCAUGUGGACCCAAUGGCAGCCCUUGACCCAGGCCUUUUUUAUGAACUUGGUGUCGAGGACUACCUAAGCUUCCUCUGUGCCUAUCAUUAUACAACAAGAGAUAUCAAGAUACUCACCCACAUAGACUUCACCUGCGAUUCAAGCAAGAAUUACAGUGCUGGAGAUUUAAAUUAUCCAUCUUUUGCUGCUUCCCUAUACACAAAUUCAGGCAACGGGGGAGCAGGCACUGAAAAAUACACAAGGACUCUCAACAAUGUUGGUACCCCGGGAACAUACAAGGUCUCUGUGUCAACACCAUCACCAGCUGUGAAGAUCUUGGUUGAACCAAAAUCACUGAGUUUCACUCGAGCAUAUGAGAAGAAGACUUAA